CAGUGGUGCAAUCGCGUGAAUUGAUAGGUUCAGCAAAUUUAAGGCAAAGUUGUGCAAUUCUUUACCAUUCCGCCCGUUGGCGGCGUCCAAAAAAGUGCUGAGAAGAUUCAAACGACUUUUAAUUAUGUGUUGUGCCGUUGAAUAUCCACAAUUGUCUCAGAAAAUGGGCGUGACAGACCCACCGAGUGUAUGUUACUCGUUGUCAAACAAAAAUGCAAAAGUUAAAUUAGGAAUUAAUAUGGCAAAGGAAAGGAAACUGAAGAGGAAAGAGAAAAUUGAAAAUGACUUACAAAUACCAAAGGUAGUCAUUCAAGAUAUGACAGAAAACUGUAUAGAAUCCAAAGAUGUUUCUGAAAUACCAGAUAUGAAAGAUAAGAAAAAGAAAAAGAAGUGGAAAUCGGUCUCUCUAAAUGACCUCGGCUUCAACCUUUCGCUUUUUCCAAGGCCUACGCGACCUGAAAUGAUUGAUCCCGAGGAAGAAUCUAAAAUAAUUGACAAAAUAGAAAACGAACUUGAAGAAUAUGAUAAACUGGUCGACAGUUACAGGGAUUUCGACACAACAGAAACUGAGCUGUUCGAGGGAAACUGCAAGAAAAAUGAUAAACUUGCCAGAAAUGACAGAGAUAGAAAAGUUAGGAAGGCUGGAAGACAAAUUAAAGACAAACAUUGCACGAGUGUAAAAAAUAACAAAGGACGCAGAAAGUUGUUUAUUCAUCAUCGAUUAUUCAAACUAAUCAAUUUUGAAGUACAAAGGUUGACGCAUUAUAUACCUACAGGGAUUAAUUUUAGAAUUAUUGACCUUAGAUCUAAUAAAAGUGCAGAUGAAACUAAAUCAAGAUUAAAACCACACGGGGCUAUUCCUAGUAAUAAUAAUAAUAAUAAUCGAGCGGCCACAGCUCAGAAUUUGCGCUUUGCUCUGCAAAAAUCAAACGCAGCAUCACAUUUCGAAUCAAAUUUUGUAAGUGUUCUUAUUAAUCUGCAACACAGGGAUUUGACUCCCGAAGAUUAUGACCUCCUUCUACGACUUGACGAAUCUGUUGCUCCUAAAACUGUUGAUAAAUCUUUACUUGACAACUUCAAAACUGACGUGGUUGAUAACAACAGUGCUGGUGAUAUUUGUCCAGUGUGUAUGGACGCCUAUGAAAUCGGACAAAAUAGAAAGUUUCUGCCUUGUAACCACGUUUUCCAUGCUAAGUGUAUAGACAUGUGGCUCGAAAAUUCUUCCAGAAAUUGUCCUAUAGAUGGACUACCCGUUGAUGAACCCUCAUGACAAGAGAAAGACACUGGUACUUUGAAUAAUUUUUACACAUUUAUACAUAUAUUAAAACCUCUAUGAGGUAACAUUUAGAGGCCUUUUUCAUUGAUUUUACUAAAAUAGCCUGUAUGUUAUUGGCUUAAAAUUUAUAUUGCAUACAAAUAUCAAUAUUUCUUUUCAUUACUUACAUUAUGUAUUAAAGUGCCUUUCAAAUAUUUAUAAGCCUUGUUCAUAAAGUAUGUACGAUUUCCAUUCAUUUAUUGAAAGGAAUAUUCGAUGUUAUUAUUUCUCUAUUGAAAUAAAUAAAAUAUCGUUAAAAGAAAA